GAGGAGGAGGGGGAGAGAGAUCGCCGCCUCCUCCUUCUUUCCUUUCCUUUCCUUCCCCCCCCCCUUUGGUGCACCGAGGAAGGGCCGGAGGACGAGGAGCAGCCGGAGGAGGAGGCCAGCGGGCGUUGGAGAGGGAAGGAUCCGGGGCCCCGGAAGGAGGAGGAGGAGGAGGAGGCGAGGACGAAGGGGCCGCCGCCGCCGCCGCCGCCGCGGGCGCUGUCUCCAAGGGCCGUGGCUUUUCAAUGGAGGAGCACCCCGGGCAGCAGCAGCAGCAGCAGCAGCAGCCGCCCCACCACCACCACCAGCAGCAGCACCACCAGCAACCGGCGCCGGCGCCGCCUUCCUCUUCCUCGUCUCCUGGCCAGCCGCCCCAGCACCAUCAUCAUCACCACCACCACCAUCACUACUACUACUACAACCACAACCGCCACCAGCACCACCAGCAGUACCUGGGCGAAGGCGGCGGCGGCGGCAAGGCCCAGCACCCGCACAGCCCGGCGCCCCAGCAGCCGCCCACCAAAGGGCCCCUCCAAGCCCUGAAACAUGAGCCCCCCAAGCACGGCGGCGGCGGAGGAGGAGGAGGAGGAGGUCCAGAGCCAACCCGGGACACGUGUAGGAGACAGGAAGGCUACGGCGAACUCAAUGGCAACGUGGUAGACCGGGACUCCUCUUCGCUGAGAGUUUUGGGUGCUGGCGAGAUGUCCAGCCUCCUUUCCAGAGUUCCCAACGGCAGCCAGGCCCCUGGAGAGGCUAACUUGACCAUCAAGCCGAGUGUGAAGGGCGGCCCGUUUGGGAAACUGGGACUGAAGCCGAAGAGCUUCGUACCGAAAGGCGGAACGGACAAAAAAGCCGAGAAAGGUUACGAAAGCAAAAGAGAGUCUUUGGACAAGCCCGAGGGGCUCUUUAUCCCCAACGGCGUAGUCGCCCACAGCUCCGGCUACAUCACCAACGGUUAUGUCGGCAAAGGGGCGGACAACGAUGGGAGCGGGUCUGAGAGCGGCUACACGACCCCCAAGAAGCGUAAGGGCCGCCGGAACAGCGCCAAGGGCUGCGAGAACUUGAACUUGGUACAGGAGAAGAUCGGGGCGCAUGAGCCUCCCCUCGCCCCUGCUGCCCCGGCCUUAAAACAGGAGCCAGAAGGUUUCAGUCCCGAGUGCGGGGAGGGGAAGGUGGCAGGAGUUGGCCGAGCGGACAGCCUGAAGCCGGCGUGGAAGUGUGAGCCGGGGGGCUUGGGAGCGGCCCGGGGGAAGCCGGGUGUCGCGGGAGAUGUGCUGCGGAAGAACUCGGAUGCCAAGGUUGGGGUGGCCGGCAAGACGUUCGAGGAGCGGCCCAAGGGGAAGCCUGUGGCCUCCGCCUCGAAAGAGGACUCGUGGACCCUCUUCAAGCCGCCCCCGGUCUUCCCAGUGGACAACAGCAGUGCGAAAAUAGUGCCGAAGAUCAGCUACGCGAGCAAAGUGAAAGAGAACUUGAACAAGGCGGCUCAGAGCCCCACCCUGUCCCUCUCCUCCUCCUCAGCCUCAUCAUCUUCCUCCUCCUCUUCCUCCUCCUCCUCCUCCUCCUCCUCUUUAUGUUUGUCGUCGGCCACAGACGCCCACGCCCAGCCCUCCACCCGCCUCUCCCAGGUCCCCAUGUCUGCCAUGAAAUCGGUCACCUCCGCAAACUUUGUGAACGGCCCGGUCCUGGCGGUGGGCGACCGCGGGGCUUGCCCGGCGGGGACUCAGUCUCUCCUCGUGCCAGCGGCUGGCGGCGUGCUUUUAGCGCCUUCUGACUUGGCUUCCCAGGAUGGAAACCCGACCUCGGCAGCGGCGGAGCUGCCGAAGUCCAGCCUUUUUAUUUACCCGACCCAUAUGCAAGCGCUUCUCAACGCUGACGCCAACGCCGCCCCAGCCGAACCGGCCUUCCAGGCCAGCCAGCAGAGCCUGGGUGACAUUUUCCAGAACCAGUGGGGAUUAUCGUUUAUCAACGAGCCCAGCGCCGGACCCGAGACGGGCGGGGGAAAGCCCGCGGACGCUCAAGCCGCGGAGGACAAUAUCUAGUUGUUUGGUCAACCGGCUGCUUCGGCCUCCCGGCGGGCCGAGACGGUUCCUCCGGCAGGGCCUGAGCACCCGGCGUUCCCUAAGGCUUACGAGCUGGACAAGCGGACUAGCCCGCAGCUGCUGUGUGGCAUUCUAAAGCUGGGGGGCGCCAGCGAGGGGGGCGGCGGUGGCGGCUUUAUGCUGGAUCCGCAGCCGCCCUUGCCGGGUGGGCCCCGGCAGGCUUCUGAGCCGAGCGGCGGCCCGGGGGCCUUUGUGUUCCUCGCCAAGGACUCUCACGGAGCCGAGAGCCACCUGGCUUCCCCUACGAACAGUCUCUUAGCCCCCGCCAAAGAACAGAGGUCCCCGGGAGGCCUAGAAAGGAAGGAAAGCUGGGGUGGCUUUGACCUGCAGGCUGCCGUUCUGUAUCACACUCAAGAAAUGGAAUCUAUUUGUAAUUUACAAAAGCAAGAUCCCAAAAGGAUAAUCACUUACGAUGAAGCCAUGGAUCGCCUGAACCAAUGAGAGAAAAGCCGGCGGUUCCGCCUGGCAGCGCCUGAGGGUAACAGCGACCCCACGCCCCCCUCCCUGGAAGGUGUGGUGUUUUGUCGGCAGUGGCAGCAGAUCUGGUGUUCCCGGCAUAAUCUGAGCUACAACUGCAAGAUGGCAUAUAUAUAUAUAUAUGCAUAUAUAGAGAGAGAGAUAUACACACAUACACAUGGAUCCAUGUGAAUGUAUAUAUAUAUAUAUGUGUAUAUUAUUUUAUAUAUAUGAAUGAGUUAUUUUAGAAAUGGAAAAGGCCCCCGAGCGCGCUGAUGAGACUUUACAAAAGAAUGGGCAGAGACAUUACGCGAUUAUUUAAACUUCAGUUCUGAAUUUUUACUUUCCACCUUCACCCCCGUUGCUUGCCUGCUGGUGCUUUCUUUGUUUUUGGGGUAUACUAUAUAUACGAUAUCUAUGUAAUUAUAUAUAUAUCUAUAGGUAUAUAUAUGUAAUUACAUAUAUAUAAUUUGUUCCGUGCUCCAUACAACCAGCUGAGGCUACAGACUCUGCCGGCCGCCCUAGUGUUCUGGACAUCAAUAGGAGGUGGAGUUUAAAGGGGGUCCAGCUGCCAACCCCCCACCCAACAGGACUGCGCAGC